GGUCUCCUGUCCGUCUUGUCAGAUGAAGUUUGAUGACGAGGCAGCGUAUGAAUCACGCGACAGAGAUGCACAUCAACUCGAGUGCCCUAAGUGUUCCAAUUUGUUCAAGAAUGCUCGCAAUUUCUUUGGCCACGCCAUCACUCAUGCCCCUAUCUCCGAAGAAUUAGUGGCUGCUCCUAAAAACAAUGGACCAAAUGGAAAUGCUACUUAUAAGCUCCAGCUGAGGUGUCUCGAGUCCGGCUGCCAUCAACAAUCUAGGAUUCUUAAUGCAGCUCGCCACCACUAUCAUAAUUUAAAUAUGGUUAAAUGCGGUGAGUGUAAUGGAUUCUUUGACCAAGGAGAGGACCCGCAACUUCAAGCACACAGAGCCAAGAUGCAUACCUUAAGACCAAUCUUCGGCUGCGUUCAAUGCGCUCAAACAUUUCCGUCAUCCGAUGAUGUUGCCGUACAUCACGUAGCUGAGCAUGCAUUUAUUUGCGAAGCUUGUCCCGGAACGUACUUCAUCAAUUCAGCUACGCGGGAAAGACACUUCUCCACAUGCGGUAAUAUAUCCGAGACAUCCGAAUCGGGGGAAAGUUUCCAGACUUCCCGAACAGCGUUCUCGCCACUCAUGCAACGAAGGACAUUACCACCAGCCAUCAGAGUACCUCAAUCUUUAGCCGUGCCAUUGGCUCAAUUUCAUGAGGAACCUUUAUGUCUAACUCAACCCCUGAUUCAAAGAUUUGAAAACCCCCCGAUCAAGAGAAUUAAUGCUGCACAAGAACUUGCCCGAAAAAUCCUCACAGAAGCUAAUGCACGCCCACAAGCAGCAUUUUCAUGCCAGAAAUGCUCGCUUCUCGUGGAAAUCUGAGUAGCUUUCAACACUGUGGUCUGACUGGAUUGUUAUUGUUUUUGUAAUUUUAGGGCAGGCGAAUUUGCGAUGGUCUUGCUUUUCGAGAAGUGAAUAAUAUAAGAUGCAGUUUUAGUCGACUGUUAGGAUAAUCAUUUCCACUGGUUCACAGUUACAUAUGGAAGGGGUAGUACACGAAGUAACGAAUUUUCUUUUUUUAUGGCCUCUUCGGAUCAAGUAAUGAUAAACUGGUUCGAGGAAAUGUUUAACUCUGUGAGCCGGAAUAUUUACGAGUAUGAAAGGAAAAUGGUUUGACCAGAUGAGGUUUCUCAAUUUUCCGCGUGUUCAUGUUUUCGAACGAGGGACAGUCUUUAUGACGUACACAUCUCUCUGGCGUACUUGAUAGUCAGCUUCGAAUAAAUAAUUAAUAUAGUUAUUCCUUUUAUACUCAUUGUGAUUUUCCGCUCCCCCAGGCUCUUAGCUCUUUCACCUCGCAAUUGCGGUGAGGAAGUGGUAGUGUACCGCGAGAUUCGCAGAUUUCUCACUUCUUGACUACUCGACAUUUCUUGGGUUUAAUAUCCACGAUACUCUUACGACAGUCGUGAACUCUCAAAAUGGUAAAAAAGAUAUUUUCAAUCAAAUUUAUCUUUUUGUUACGCUAAUCGAUAGCCCUGAUUGAGGGAGCUGAUUUAUAUUCGGAUAUAUUAUUAUCCGAAGCGGUUGAAUAUUGAAAAUUCUUUUUGACCUAAACGGCAAAAAUAUCUCGAAAAAAAUAUUUUCCGUAUAUUAUAUUAAACAUCA